CAGUUAUCAAUAGCCACUGAAGUGGAUCAGGUCCACAUUCGACAAAGCAGAGCCUCUGAAGUCUCUCUCCAUAAAGCCAGGGCAUUCCUAUCAUCCUAUUACAUCACCUCUGCAUAGGCCGCGCACGUGGCACACAGACAGCAGGUUCAUGUUUAUAUGUAUAACUAACUGCUCAGUAGAUCUGCUCACACAUGUCACUACCAUGUCUACUGACCUGAUUCAUCUUAGUCCCAAACAUAUCCAGCAGCGUGGAGUGUGAUUCAUCCAGUCUUAGUAAUAAUGUAUUUAAGUAAUUCUGCAGGGAUGACAGACUCUCCUCUGUCAUCCAUUCCUCUCUCUACUCCCCCUGCUCACUUACACAGAGAUCUCUGGUAAUUAGGUGAUGAAGGCUUUUAUGGCCCAGCAGCAGCUUAGCACUGAUUCAGCUGCAGGUAGCACACAGCUCCUCCUCAGCCAGUCCGUGACAGCUACCAGGCAAAACAGCCUUUCAGUGGGAUAGAAAUAGAAUGAAACCAAAAUGAAAGAUGGAAUAACUAAAUUCAUUUCAGGGCACUUGAAUUACUUUAUUCCUGGAGACGAAGUGGAGUGUGUUUGUUGGAAGUAAUCUGUUCUCCUCUGAGGCUGUGAGACAGAGCUCAGUCCCCAGUCAGUGCUGUGAUGACUGGUGUGCUGUCAGUGAGACAUGACCUCUAAUGAAGCGUUUGCUGAACUGACAGAUUCAGACACUCUGUUGUGGAUGCUGCCUCAUUAAACCAAAUGAGCGAGAAAAGAGGAGGUGAACGAAUGUAGGGAGGGGUUUAAAUCCUCAUUACUGAUGAUUUUCACAUCCACACACUGAGACAGAACAAAGUAAAGUACAGCAUCUCCAUGUUAUGCUGGUAGUCCAAACUCUCUUCAUCAUUUGAAAAGUAAUUCUCAAAACUUUUACCUUUAUUUCUAUGUCCUGCUGUGAAUGACUUCCUUGUUGGAAACUGAAAGUAUAGUGUAUGUUGUCGGGGCAGAUUCUGUAAAUGAUCUAUUAUUAUGCCUGAACAGUUUGGAGUGUUGAGGGGAAGAGGUAUGGGGCUAGAAAAAAAGCAGGGUCUUUCAAGCAUUAACUUGGAGUUACAAAGUAACCUGUAGGGAGAGUUGUCAUAGAAACAGCUCAUUAUAAUGAAAAAUGAAAAGUAUAAAGACAGGGAUGGGGGCACAGACCUUCCAUUUUAACCACAACUAAAACUGUUAACUCACUUGUACAGCUGCAAACAUACAGAAUGGAGACCUGAGAUGUAUGCCACCACAACUGACUAGGGGAGUUAUUAUGUAACUACGGGUGUCAUACCAAAGGGCUAUGCUAAUUUAUCAAGAAAGAAAAGUAAACUACAGUACAUCAAGAACCGUAGCAGCUGGUGACGGAGCAUUAAACACCACAUACAGCCAAACGAAUGAGAACAUGAGCGGAGGACUCAAAACAAGUGAGGUGAGACAAGUUCUUCUGAUUUCAACACUGAAAGUAACUUAGACCGUCCGGAUUUCAUAAUAUUAACAAACCCAAAUUAGAGUGUGAUUGCUUGACUCAUCAACAGACUUUCGCUAAAAAAGCAUAGCAUAGCAGCCUAACGGCCAUAGCAGAGGGCUAGUGGUGGACUAUGGGCUCUACAGGAUCCAGGUCCAGGCUGAGUCAGGUGGCCCCGUGUCACAGUCAGCCAGAGGGAGACCUGGACCAGCAGGCCAGUCAUCCCACCUCACAAUGGACCAUCUCUGCUGUGCCAACCCCACUGGAACCACAACAUGGGCCCCUAGGACAUAGUAGGACUAUCCAGCUGCCCCCACUGAAACUGGAAAACUCUGCAAGCUUCCCCCCACUAUCUACAGAAUCAUCAUAUGUAGCAAGCAGCCUCCCACAGAGUCAUAGCAACAUUUGGGGACCAAGCAUCAUUCAUUCUCAUCCACCACGAAGACUACAGGCGUUGCAACCACUGGCCCCUCUUAGUGCAGGCCUCAAGGUUACUGCCAAUCACAUGGCCAUGGGCAGAGACUGGAGAGACGGGGGUGUCCUCCACUUUUCUACCCCCAGCCAGGGUGCACACGAUGGCACCGGCCGCCAUCCGCAGGUGCAGAUAGAGAAUGGUGGACUCCUGGAGGCACAGAUGGUCCUCAGUCAACAGGCCCAGCGAAGAAGGAGAGCCCACCAGAGACGAGUCCGAGAGCAGCGGGUCCACGAGAGGACAAUCUACAUAGAUAAUGUUGAAGCACCAAGCAACAAAGGGAUACAGAGACUGCAUCUGCUAAACAGGCCAACCCAAAGGGACAUAUUUUGGGAUGAGAUGACAGGAGAGAGUCUCGACCUCAAGGAGAUCCUCCAACCAAGCCCCCUUCCCCUGGAGCAGGGAGAGAGACAGCAGUCCCAGCCUGGACCACCACAGUGCCUGUGUAGGGAUGAAGAGCUGAUCAACAGAGACUUGGCAUGGGGAGGCCUCAGGAGUCCUCAUCGGAAAACCAAUACUCUCACAGACAGAGUGGAAGGGGAGACAGAUGGUGGACUGACCAUGAGGAAAACCUUACCUUCGAUGCUGGACUGGAAGACAGAGAAACAAAGAGAUACAAUUCCCAAACACUUGAGCUCUUUCGGGGAUAGUGAGAGGGCUAGUAGGAGGCCUCUGAGAGGCUGGCAGAGAGAGGGCAUUAGAGGUAUAUGUCAUGGGGAGAGAGGGAUUUGGGAACCUGACUUGGAGUAG